GGACACUACACGUCCGCACUCACCCACGACCCUUCACCUCCCCGCGCCUAAUCAAUCCAGUCGCGAUCAUGGCCGAGCCGUACGACUAUGACGGUAUGGAGGACGAGUACGAGGAUGAGGAGAACCGCGUCUUGCCCGAGGACUGCUGGGCGGUCAUCAGCUCCUUCUUCGACACCAAGGGUCUGGUUUCGCAGCAACUCGACUCCUACGAUGAAUUCACGCGCAACACAAUCCAGGAUAUCGUUAAGGAAAACGGCAGCGUCAUUCUCGAACAGAAUACGCCCUACAACCCCGAUGAAGAGGAGAACCCGAUCAUCAAGCGCCGCUAUGAAAUUAAAUUCGGGCGCGUCUACCUGGCGCGGCCAACACAUACCGAAGGCGACGGCACCACGGUGCAACUUUAUCCCCACGAGGCGCGUCUACGGAACCUUACCUACUCCGGCGCCAUGUUGGCUGAUAUUGAGAACCGAAUCAUGGUCGCCCGCGAGGGACGCGAACCGGAGGAGGGCGACGACGAGGAGAUGGAGGGCGGUUACACAGGCGGACCAUCGCAGAUCCGGUGGGAGCGUGAAGAUAUGCCAAUGGACGAUGGCGCUGCGGCGAGAGUCUUCAUCGGAAAGCUCCCCGUCAUGUUGCGAUCAGAGCUCUGCCACUUGCGAGCGCAGUCAGAUGCGGACCUUUUCGCUUUGAACGAGUGCCCGUACGAUCAGGGUGGAUACUUCGUUAUCAACGGUAGUGAGAAGGUGCUCAUCGCCCAGGAGCGCAGUGCCGCGAACAUCGUACAGGUCUUCCGAAAGAAGCAGGGUCCCAUUCCAUGGAUCGCCGAGAUUCGAAGUGCAGUCGAAAAGGGUACUCGGUUGAUCUCAUCGUUCAACAUCAAGUGGGCAGAGAACUCACUCGCAGGUCCCGGAAAACGUAUCCCCGGUCCCUUCGCAUACGCUACCCUCCCAUACAUCAAGGCGGAUGUGCCCAUGGCCAUCGUCUUCCGCGCCCUCGGUAUCGUUUCGGACGAGGAGAUCCUGAGCCACAUCGUCUACGACCGUACCGACACACAAAUGCUGGAGCUGUUGAAGCCCAGUAUCGAGGAGGGUUCAGUUGUCCAGGAUCGAGAGACAGCUCUGGACUUCAUUGCCAAGCGUGGCGCCAACUCUGGCACGAAGGACAGACGUCUCAAGUUUGCGAGGGAUAUUAUGCAGCGAGAAUUCUUGCCGCAUAUUUCCCAAAAGGAGGGCCAGGACACACGCAAGGCCUAUUUCUUUGGUUACAUGAUUCACCGCCUUUUACAGUGUGUGCUGGGUCGCCGCGACGAGGACGAUCGUGAUCACUUCGGUAAAAAGCGUUUGGAUCUUGCUGGACCUCUGGUCGCCAACUUGUUCCGUAUUCUCUUCCUGAAGCUCACCAAGGACGUGUACAAGUACCUCCAGCGAUGUGUUGAGAACAACCAGGACUUCAACGUUCAGAUGGCUGUCAAGGCCAGCAUCAUUACAAACGGUCUGAAGUACUCCCUGGCAACAGGUAACUGGGGUGACCAGAAGAAGGCCGCUUCCGCAAAGGCCGGUGUUUCCCAGGUGUUGAAUCGAUACACAUACGCCUCCACACUGUCGCAUUUGCGUCGAACGAACACCCCAGUCGGUCGUGACGGCAAGCUAGCCAAGCCGCGACAACUUCACAACUCCCAUUGGGGUCUUGUUUGCCCCGCCGAGACUCCUGAAGGACAGGCCUGUGGUCUGGUCAAGAACUUGUCUUUGAUGUGCUACGUCAGUGUCGGUAGUGACGCGUCGCCCAUCAUCGACUUCAUGACACAGCGAAACAUGCAGCUUCUGGAAGAGUACGACCAAAACCAGAACCCAGAUGCGACCAAGGUCUUCGUCAACGGUGUCUGGGUUGGUGUUCACUCCAACGCCCAGCAACUUGUCACAGUCGUGCAAGAGCUGCGACGAAACGGAACGCUAUCUUACGAGAUGAGUUUGAUUCGUGACAUUCGUGACCGAGAGUUCAAGAUCUUCACAGAUGCCGGCCGUGUCAUGAGGCCUCUAUUCGUUGUUGAGAAUGACAUCCGCAAGCCAAACCGCAACUUCCUCAUCUUUACUAAGGAGAUCAGUAACAAGCUCAAGCAGGAACAGAUGGAGACAAGCACGCGACAGGGAUGGAGUCAGGAUGAGGUCGAGCAAGCCACUUACGGCUGGAGAGGUCUUAUCCAGGAUGGUGUUGUGGAAUACCUCGACGCCGAGGAGGAGGAGACUGCGAUGAUAACGUUCUCUCCCGAGGAUCUGGAGGAGUGGCGAGAGAUGAAGAUGGGCUUACCUGCGGCUGAGCGAUCUACCGAAGGCGAGCACCGUCUUCGACGUCUCAAGCCACUACCGGACCCACGCAUCCACGCCUACACUCAUUGCGAGAUUCACCCGGCCAUGAUUCUGGGUAUCUGUGCCAGUAUCAUUCCCUUCCCUGAUCACAACCAGUCGCCCCGUAACACCUACCAAUCUGCCAUGGGUAAGCAAGCUAUGGGUGUUGCGCUCACCAACUUUGCGCUGCGCAUGGAAACCAUGAUGAACGUCCUAUACUACCCUCAGAAGCCAUUGGCAACUACUCGAUCGAUGGAGUACCUCAAGUUCCGUGAGCUGCCCGCCGGUCAGAACGCCAUUGUCGCCAUUGCCACAUAUGGUGGUUACAACCAGGAAGAUUCCGUCAUUAUGAACCAGAGCAGUAUCGAUCGUGGACUUUUCAGGAGUCUGUUUUACCGUGCGUACACUGAGCAGGAGAAGCGUAUCGGUGUCAACGUUCUGGAGCAGUUCGAGAAGCCUACGCGUGCCGAUACCCUCCGUCUGAAAGGUGGAACAUACGACAAGCUUGAUGACGACGGUGUUGUUGCGCCUGGUGUGCGUGUCUCCGGUGACGAUAUCAUCAUCGGAAAGACAGCGCCAAUUGCAACUGACGCCCAAGAGCUUGGCCAAAAGACUACUCUCCAUACCAAGCGCGAUGUCUCAACACCAUUGCGUAGCACUGAGAACGGUAUCGUCGAUCAAGUACUCUUCACCACUAAUACUGAGGGAUUGCGCUUCGUUAAGGUUCGUACCCGAACUACAAAGGUACCCCAGAUUGGUGACAAGUUCGCUUCUCGUCACGGACAAAAGGGAACCAUUGGUAUCACCUACCGCCAAGAAGACAUGCCUUUCUCCAAGGAAGGUCUAACCCCCGAUCUGAUCAUCAACCCCCACGCCAUUCCCUCCCGUAUGACAAUUGCCCAUUUGAUCGAGUGUCUACUCUCCAAAGUCGGCGCCAUCACCGGACAAGAAGGAGACGCCACCCCCUUCACCGACAUCACCGUCGACCAAGUCUCCGGUCUGCUCGAGGACGCCGGCUACCAAAAGCGUGGUUUCGAAAUCAUGUACAACGGCCACACCGGCAAGAAGAUGCGCACACAGAUCUUCUUGGGUCCAACAUACUACCAGCGUCUCAGGCAUAUGGUCGACGACAAGAUCCACGCUCGUGCUCGUGGCCCGCUGCAAAUUCUUACUCGCCAGCCUGUCGAGGGUCGUGCUAGAGACGGUGGUCUACGUUUCGGAGAGAUGGAACGUGAUUGUAUGAUUGCGCACGGAGCAGCCGCUUUCUUGAAAGAACGUCUCUUUACCGUCUCAGACGCGUACACCGUACACGUGUGCGACAUCUGCGGUCUGAUGAGUCCUAUUGCCCAACUCAAAAAGGGCCUCUACGAAUGCCGCCCCUGCCACAACAAAACCCGCAUCUCCCAAAUCCACAUCCCCUACGCCGCCAAGCUCCUCUUCCAGGAACUCCUUGCCAUGAACAUCGCUACCCGCAUGUUUACCGAUCGCUCCGGAUUGAGCGUCCGUGACUAGUCGUUGUCGGACGCAAUGGACAGGCUUACCCUAUCUUCCGAGAGGAAAUCUGGCCUCCGGUAUUCGUACUUUCGGGUUUUCAUGUAGUCGUUUUUUUGCAUGGUUAUGGCGUUUUUCUAAGCUUGAAGUUUUUGUGUGUGUGACGGGUUGACUUGGCAGAAUGAUUGAAAGAGGAAAUAUAAGGCUGCCGUUGGAGGCUUAGCCCGGCGUUUGAGUUUGUGAGACAAGUUCUAUACGCGGUUUUAAUCAGAGUGGAAAAAUGCAUAGUAUCGAAAGACAAAAUGGCAUUAGUCUGUAUGUGCGUUUGCAUACCAAAUUAGAUUGAAAUGAAGAAUACUACCAUUU